ACAUGGUUAUAAUUACAUAAAUACAUCUCUGUACAGGGUGGGGUUUUCAACAUGCAGCCUUUAUUGAUGUAUAUUUGUAAAGGGAAAUCUUGUACCUAUUUUGAAACAUUCUAUUUUUCUUAUUGUGAAAUCAUUAGAUGCCUCGUGCCUCGCGCGCUUCGUCUGUAGCCAAGAUGAGGAGGAGGACGGUUCUUCCGAUGGCAACGACUCUGGCUAGAGGCUUCCUCCCUGUAUAUGGCACUGGAGCACGUCACCGUGUCAAGCCUUGGCCUGUCUCUGCCCACACUGGGAAGUUCAACCGAUUGGAUCUCCCUCCUGAUUCUCCAGAUAAGCAGUUUGUGCUGUUUGUGGGCGACUCGCAUCUGCGUGCGUUGGUUGACCGUUACGUGAGGAUGCCAGACGGUUGCCUUUCGUUUGGGUUCCUGUCUACGCCUGGGGCGUCUGCCGCUGAGCUCCGCACUGAGUUGCUGAACGCAGACAUCCCCAGAACCCCCGACAUCGUUUGCUUGCUGGCUCCAAGCAACAACCUCACGGCGACGCCCGGCAUCAAAGCGGCUGGAGUUGCCUUCGAUGGACUUCUGAGAGCUGCCCGCAGUCGAUGGCCUAAGGUGUUUGUGCUCGAUUUCCCUCCCCGGCUGGCGAGUGAAUUGGCACCGCAACAAUUCCUUCGAGAGGAGUUUCGUCGCGUUGCAGCAAAGAACGAUGUAAAGUACUGCGUCACAGCUGACCGCUUUCCGCUGGACUCACGUGCCUUGUGGAGUCGUGAUGGGAUCCACCUGAGUGACGAUCUGGGGAUGCCGCUUCUCGCGAAGCUUCUGUGGCACUUCUCCUUUCAGCAGCUACAGUCACCUCUGCCUGUUUCACCUCCGCCUGUGUCUCCUCCCAAGUCACCCCCGACUGUGAGACCCUUUGCUACCACCGUGGUUGUGAAGGGAGAGGUUUCACGUCCACGUCCCCUUGACCCCUUCAAGGAAACUGUCGUCGGACGUCGCGGAAAGCGCAGCCAACCUGAGUCCUGGGAUGCGCCUGAGGAUUGGGAUCAGUCUUCCGUGCGGAUCCUUCCUCAUGAGGUUUGUGUGCCUCCUCUGGUCCUGAGGGAGUGCUUUGUCGUGCUAAACCCUAUCCGGUUUAGCACUGACAAGUUGGCUGCAAUGGAUCGCAUUGUUCCAUCCAACCUUGAUGUCCCCAUGGGGAAUCGCUCAAAGAAACGGAAGGUGGCACAUGGAACCACGGCUGUGGUCUCCAAAGGAAAGAAGGCCCGCCUUGAGGCACUUCAAACUCCAGCAAGGAUUGCUAAACCUUCGAAGCUGGUACCUCCCCCUCGACCUGUGCCAGAAGCUGCUGUGCCAGCCACUCUGGAGGGCGUACCUCCUCCUCGACCUGUUCCAGAAGCUGCUGUGCCAGCCACUCUGGAGGGCAGCGUCUUUGUGCCUUCGAGCAAGUUUGCUCAACCGGAGGGGGAUGACAAGACUCUGUGUGUUGAUGAGUGGCCGUUUCUUCAAACAGACUUUUGUGAGAAGGUGAACCAGCCAACUGCUCGGGUUGUCUCUGGACAGAGAAAACAAGAGGAGCCAACACCUUGGGGUCCAAAAGUUGUGAUGGCCCAGGCUGAUAAACCAACAGCCAAUGAGACCAGCUUCUUGGGGUGUUCAACCAAGAUGACACACAUUGAGGACCACGAGCCGUUUGAACCAGCACCUGAGGUCACUGCGAGCAGUCAGCAGCAGAGCCCGCCUGAGGACAAUGGCCAGCUUGAAGAUCCUCAUGUAACACUUGGCAAUCAGAAGGCACCCUGUGAUUUUGCACCUGCCGGAGCUGCUACAUCAAGUCAUGUGACUCAUGUGAAAAAGAACAUUCAUCAUAUUCUAAAACUAGGCAAUGGCUUAGUGUGUGUACACAUCUAUGCUAGAAAAUAAAGAAAUCAGUUCAGCCAAAACCAGUGGGCAUAUUUUCAUUUCCGAGUUACCCAGACACUGCAAAUUAAACAAUAAAUUAUUUAGUUUGGAAUAUUUUGAUACACUCGCUGGAAGUCUUGAUCAAAAGGAUGAUUAUGACGCUUCUUUGCAAAACAUAGCCAUGCCUUUAGAAGAGGCUAUUCAGAAGACACUGCUGCAGACAGACACAUGCUUGCUCAACAUCCAAGGAAGUGUGUGUGCCGUUUUCAAGGUCGAAACUGCUUUUGCAGUUUUCGAUCCUCAUUCUCGUAGUACUUGGGGUUCGGUUGCACCGGAUGGAACCAGCAUAGUAGCGCACUAUGCUACUGUGUAUG